AUGCUACCAGACUGCAUGCGGUGCACUUGUAACCAGAGAGCUCUGAAGUUGGCCAUCAAUCAUAUGGUUAUUUAAAUUAUGAUUUAGACCUACUUUGAUUUGAAGGGCAGUGUAUUUGAUCCUUGUUUGAGUUGUCCACCCCCUUUGAGUACAGUGUGAGAUUCACUGCGUGUGCCUCUUUCCGUUGCAGCCUCUCUGUCCUGGUUACAUCAGCAGACAGACAGGCGGUGGUGUAUUCAUACGUGCUUCUGGGGCUGGGUGCACACUGCACACAUUUGUUCAGACACAUAGCCAGGCCUAUACCCUCUGCUGGUGCUGCUCAACACUACCACCAUCAUCAUCCCCAAGCCUUGAGUGCUCAGAAACCAAGACCCCAACCCCCUUACUUCUCAUUUAGGUUUCACAUGCUCUGUAACCUUGAGUUUCUCACAUCAAAUAGUUCUCCAUCAUCUUGGCUUGUGCUGUUUGAGCAGAUUCACCUUGGCUCUGCAGUAUGCUCAGGGUUGUGCCGUCAGCGGGGUCCUUGAUAUUGAUUGGUUUCCCUGCUCUGGUGUACUGUGUGUUAUAUCUGUGGCUGUGCUAUUUGUGUAUGUGUUGUUUCCAUGGUCUUGGCCGAGCAUAUUUGUUCCAAUAAGCGCGAUGUCAGUCCUCACUCUGUUUGCUCUGUCUUUCUCUCUCAUCCAGUUAAGGGCUCUCGACCAGGCAAGAACGUUCAGCUGACAGAGAACGAGAUCCGUGGCCUUUGCCUCAAGUCUCGCGAAAUCUUCCUCAGCCAGCCAAUCCUGCUCGAGCUUGAGGCACCACUCAAGAUCUGCGGUGAGUCAUAUUGGAUAAGUUACAAUAGCUGAAAUUGGUUUCAUAGUAAUUAAUGUUGGUGGAACAAAGCAGCAGCGCCUCUCUGACACAGAACUGAUAGUGAACGCUCCAAGGUUUCACAACAUGUCUGAUUUACUGUAGAAUUCUAAUCUCUAAUUGCCUGUGCUAUCUCAGUCCAACGGCCUGUAUACACACACACAGGUCUAAUGUAGUCAGGGAGGGUGUGGUAGGGACUGACUGUCCACCUCUGUGCUGCCCCCUGCAGGUGAUGUCCAUGGUCAGUACUAUGACCUGCUGCGGCUGUUUGAGUACGGAGGCUUUCCCCCGGAGAGCAACUACCUGUUCCUAGGGGACUAUGUGGACCGAGGGAAGCAGUCCCUGGAGACCAUCUGCCUGCUUCUGGCCUACAAGGUCAAAUACCCCGAGAACUUCUUCCUGCUGCGUGGCAACCACGAGUGCGCCUCCAUUAACCGUAUCUAUGGCUUUUAUGAUGAGUGUAAGUGCCGAGACGAGAAGCUGGAGCACAUGCUUCACAACAGGAGAACGGAACACACACACACAGAGUAUUAGCCAUUUAGUAAUGCCCCAUGCUCUUUGUUGCCCUGCUCUUCUUUAGGUAAGAGACGGUAUAACAUCAAGCUGUGGAAGACGUUCACAGACUGCUUCAACUGUUUACCCGUGGCUGCAAUUGUAGAUGAGAAGAUCUUCUGCUGCCAUGGAGGUGGGUGGUGUAUGCUUGCAGGGUCUGUCUGAGUGUGUUUUGAGGGAUCAGUCCUUCACUGUUGGCCUUUUUUAUUUAUAUAUAUAUAUAUAUAUAUAUAUAUAUAUAUAUAUAUAUAUAUAUAUAUAUAUAUAUAUAUAUAUAUAUACUGCUCAAAAAAAUAAAGGGAACACUAAAAUAACAUCCUAGAUCUGAAUGAAUGAAAUAAUAUUAUUAAAUACUUUUUUCUUUACAUAGUUGAAUGUGCUGACAACAAAAUCACACAAAAUUAUCAAUGGAAAUCAAAUUUAUCAACCCAUGGAGGUCUGGAUUUGGAGUCACCCUCAAAAUGUAAUGUGGAAAACCACACUACAGGCUGAUCCAACUUUGAUGUAAUGUCCUUUAAAACUAGUCAAAAUGAGGCUAAGUAGUGUGUGUGGCCUCCACGUGCCUGUAUGACCUCCCUACAACGCCUGCGCAUGCUCCUGAUGAGGUGGCGGAUGGUCUCCUGAGGGAUCUCCUCCCAGACCUGGACUAAAGCAUCCGCCAACUCCUGGACAGUCUGUGGUGCAACGUGGCGUUGGUGGAUGGAGCGAGACAUGAUGUCCCAGAUGUGCUCAAUUGGAUUCAGGUCUGGGGAACGGGCGGGCCAGUCCAUAGCAUCAAUGGCUUCCUCUUGCAGGAACUGCUGACACACUCCAGCCACAUGAGGUCUAGCAUUGUCUUGCAUUAGGAGGAACCCAGGGCCAACCGCACCAGCAUAUGGUCUCACAAGGGGUCUGAGGAUCUCAUCUCGGUACCUAAUGGCAGUCAGGCUACCUCUGGCGAGCACAUGGAGGGCUGUGCGGCCCCCCAAAGAAAUGCCACCCCACACCAUGACUGACCCACCGCCAAACCGGUCAUGCUGCAGGAUGUUGCAGGCAGCAGAACGUUCUCCACGGCGUCUCCAGACUCUGUCACAUCUGUCUCAUGUGCUCAGUGUGAACCUGCUUUCAUCUGUGAAGAGCACAGGGCGCCAGUGGCGAAUUUGCCAAUCUUGGUGUUCUCUGGAAAAUGCCAAACAUCCUGCACAGUGUUUGGCUGUAAGCAAAACCCCCACCUGUGGACGUCGGGUCCUCAUACCACCCUCAUGGAGUCUGUUUCUGACCGUUUGAGCAGACACAUGCACAUUUGUGGCCUGCUGGAGGUCAUUUUGCAGGGCUCUGGCAGUGCUCCUCCUGCUCCUCCUUGCACAAAGGCAGAGGUAGCAGUCCUGCUGCUGGGUUGUUGCCCUCCUACGGCCUCCUCCACGUCUCCUGAUGUACUGGCAUGUCUCCUGGUAGCGCCUCCAUGCUCUGGACACUACGCAGACAGACACAGCAAACCUUUCUUGCCACAGAUCGCAUUGAUGUGCCAUCCUGGAUGAGCUGCACUACCUGAGCCACUUGUGUGGGUUGUAGACUCCGUCUCAUGCUACCACUAGAGUGAAAGCACCGCCAGCAUUCAAAAGUGACCAAAACAUCAGCCAGGAAGCAUAGGAACUGAGAAGUGGUCUGUGGUCACCACCUGCAAAACCAGUCCUGUAUUGGGGGGUCUUACUAAUUGCCUAUAAUUUCCACCUGUUGUCUAUUCCAUUUGCACAACAGCAUGUGAAAUGUAUUGUCAAUCAGAGUUGCUUCCUAAGUGGACAGUUUGAUUUCACAGAAGUGUGAUUGACUUGGAGUUACAUUGUGUUGUUUAAGUGUUCCCUUAUUUUUUUGAGCAGUGUAUAUAUAGUUGAAGUUUACAUACACCUUAGCCAAAUACAUUUAAACUCAGUUUUUCACAAUUCAUGACAUUUAAUCCUAGUAAAAAUUCCCUGUCUUAGGUCAGUUAGGAUAACCACUUUAUUUUAAGAAUGUGAAAUGUCAGAAUAAUAGUAUUGAGAAUGAUAUAUUUCAGCUUUUAUUUCUUUCAUCGUAUUCCCAGUGGGUCAGAAGUUUACAUACACUCAAAAACAUUUCGGGUAGCCUCCUUGCUCGCACACACCUUUUCAGUUCUGCCCACAAAUGUUCUAUAGGAUUGAGGUCAGGGCUUUGUGAUGGCCACUCUAAUACCUUGACUUUGUUGUCCUUAAGCCAUUUUGCCACAACAUUGGAAGUAUGCUUGGGGUCAUUGUCCAUUUGGGAAAACCGAAUUUGCGACCAAGCUUUAACUUCCUGACUGAUGUCUUGAGAUGUUGCUUCAAUAUAUCCACCUAAUUUUCCUUCCUCAUGAUGACAUCUAUUUUGUGAAGUGCACCAGUCCCUCCUGCAGAAAAGCACCCCCACAGCAUGAUGCUGCCACCCCUGUGCUUCACGUUUGGGAUGGUGUUCUUCGGCUUGCAAGGCACCCCCUUUUUCCUCCAAACAUAACGAUGGUCAUUAUGGCCAAACAAUUCUAUUUUUGUUUCUUCAGACCAGAGGACAUUUCUCCAAAAUGUACGAUCUUUGUCCCCAUUUGCAGUUGCAAACCGUAGUCUGGCUUUUUUUAUGGCGGUUUUGGAGCAGUGGCUUCUUCCUUGCUGAGCGGCCUUUCAGGUUAUGUCGAUAUAGGACUUGUUUUACUGUGGAUAUAGAUACUUUUGUACCUGUUUCCUCCAGCAUCUUCACAAGGUCCUUUGCUGUUGUUCUGGGAUUGAUUUGCACUUUUCGCACCAAAGUACGUUCAUCUCUAGGAGACAGAACGCAUCUCCUUCCUGAGCGGUAUGACUGCUGCGUGGUCCCAUGGUGUUUAUACUUGCGUACUAUUGUUUGUACAGAUGAACGUGGUACCUUCAGGCAUUUGGAAAUUGCUCCCAAGGAUGAACCAGACUUGUGGAGGUCUACAAUUCUUUUUCUGAGGUCUUGGCUGAUUUCUUUUGAUUUUCCAAGGGUGUCAAGCAAAGAGGCACUGAGUUUGAAGGUAGGCCUUGAAAUACCUCCACAGGUACACCUCCAAUUGACUCAAAUGAUGUCAAUUAGCCUAUCAGAAGCUUCUAAAGCUUUCUGGAAUUUUCCAAGCUGUUCAAAGGCACAGUCAACUUAGUGUAUGUACACUUCUGACCCAGUGGAAUUGUGAUACAGUGAAUUAUAAGUGAAAUAAUCUGUCUGUAAACAAUUGUUGGAAAAAUUACUUGUGUCAUGCACAAAGUAUAUGUCCUAACCGACUCGCCAAAACUAUAGUUUGUUAACAAGAAAUUUGUGGAGUGGUUGAAAAACAAGUUUUAAUGACUCCAUCCUAAGUGUAUGUAAACUUCCGACUUCAACUGUGUGUGUGUGUAUAUGUAUAUAUAUAUAUGUAUUUGUAUUAUCUAUAUAUAUAUUUUUUUUUUUUUGGGUAGAUCAGCUUUAAUAUUGCAGCUAGAUUGUAACUUCCAUCAAUGUAAUUGUCUGCAUCACUUCCAAUCCCUGUUGGUCUUUUCCUUGUGGGUCUUAUCAAUAAGCAUUUGGUUGCCCCAUGAUCAUUUGGAUUAACCACUCCCUUAAGUGUUUGUGGUGGGAGAUGACUCAAGUGCAUACAAUAUACAAUUGAUAAGAGGUGGUAGUUAUCAAGGUGUGAUUUCAGAUAUUAUUGUUCUUGGUGGUAGGCGUCAUCAGAAAACUGUAUCAUGGCAGUCAUUAUUCAUGUAUGUGGUGAUGGUAAUGUUUCUGUGUGCUGUGUUUUGUGUUCUGUCCAGGCCUCUCUCCAGACCUCCAGUCCAUGGAGCAGGUGCGCAGAGUGAUGCGACCCACAGAUGUGCCUGACCAGGGCCUGCUGUGUGACCUGCUGUGGGCCGACCCAGACAAAGAUGUCCUGGGCUGGGGCGAGAACGACCGUGGGGUCUCCUUCACAUUCGGGGCAGACGUGGUGGCCAAAUUUUUGCACAAACAUGACAUGGACCUUAUAUGCAGGGCACAUCAGGUAAUGGCUUAGCUCAGUGGUUUAGAGUUUUGGAUGGGGGUUAGGGGCUGGCGAGAGGGUAUUUUGCGGGACACGGUCAGACCAAUGGUGGUUUGGAGAGAAUAGAGGGAUCUUGUUAUUAAUCAGGCAAAUCAGAUAAUCAAAGGUCAUUGCACCUACAUAAAAUAUUGAAGCACUUUUUUAAAGCUGGAAUCCUUAAUUGGUGAAACUGCCACGUAUGUUUGGGAUAUUACAACAACAAAGAAGUUACUGUAAAUAACGAACACUGUUUUUUCCCCUCUGACAUCAUUGCACACGCAAUAGAACAUCAGAAUAUAUACUGCAAAUUUUUUGGACCACGCUGCCGACGAUUACUCCUCCGUUUGAACAACAUAAACAAUAACAAAGGUGCUGGGGUGAACAGUGGCUCUAUUUCCCCUAUUGCGGAUUCCAUCUUUAAAGCAUGUAAUUUUGUGUAUUUUUACUGGCAUUGGAGGUUGAGGUGUUGAUUAGGAUGUUAACUCCUCUGUUUGAAAUGAUUGCUCUGCAGUUGUUAGGUGUCCGCUCCUGGUAUUUUUCCUGUUUCUUUUUUAUUGCAUUGUUCUUACCUCUUUCAUUCCUGUCCUCAGGUGGUAGAAGACGGUUACGAGUUCUUUGCAAAGAGACAGCUUGUUACUCUGUUCUCUGCCCCUAACUACUGUGGAGAGUUUGAUAAUGCCGGUGCCAUGAUGAGUGUGGAUGAGACCCUCAUGUGCUCCUUUCAGGUGUGUACUCCUCUGCUUUUCUCUCUGCGUCUUUCCUUUCUCCUUCAGUCUGGCUGUUCCUGUCCGUCAGUCUUGAUUUUUAAGGUCUGCCGGUCCCCUGUCUUACCUGUUAUGUGCUGCAGUGUUCAGUCUGUAGGAGUAUGUAUAUUUAUAGCUGUCUAAAGAAAGCCUCUCUGUUCCUCAGAUUCUCAAGCCAGCGGAUAAGAAGCUCUACUCUUACGGUGGAGGUGGAGGAAUGGGAUCUGGACGCCCGGUCACCCCGCCACGAAAUUCCGCUAAGGGCGGAAAGGCCAAGAAAUAACACCCACUGGACCCCCCUCCCUGAACCAAGCACCCCUGUCGCCCCCCCACACUCUUUCUCUACCUCCCUACUUCUAUCUCUCUCAUCACCAAACGGCAACAAAGCAGACAGUACAGUACCUAGGGUUCGGUCCUCUUUUUCUCUGAUACUGUUUUUAACUGUUUGAGUGUAUGUAUGUCUGUGCGUGUGUCUGAAAGAGAGGUUUGUUGUAUUCUGUUUGUAUGUCCUCCCUUUCCCCUACUCUGUUCUCCUGUCACUUUGUAGAUGAAAUUGGUCCUUCCUUUCAGUGAUGGAAAUGCAGACCUGGGGGAGAGGGAGGAGAGAUGGGGAUAGGGAGGGGGAGAGGAAAGGAGCCUUUACUGUUGGUUAGGGCCCUGCACUGUUUUGAUGCUAAACACAAGCUUUUGUACAUCCUGUUUGAGAGGUUUGUGUGUGUAUGUGUAUGGAAUGGGGUCAAUCUGCAUGGUCAGAUGGUAACAACGGCACACACCACACACUGAGAGCACAGGUGGAUAUGUGCAGAUUGGACCCUUUAGUUUAUGGAUUCACAAAGAUCAAGAAGCGGACACGUUUUUUUUCUUCUUCCCAAAAACCAAUGAUUUGAAAACGCAAUCAUGGAUGUGAAAUAGCUUUCUUUUCUUUUUUUUCUUUUUUGUAGAUGCAUAAAAAAAGGUUUGAAUCUUUUGAGUUUUAGUUUAUUUGGACGCCGAUGAUUAAUAAAGAACCAUUUAUUUAAAAUAUUCCAUCACACUAUGUUCACUAUGUUCGCCUCACCAUUGCUUUGUAAUUUGUUUAUAUAUUAAAUUCCUCUACCCCAUAUGUCGAACUCAUUCCACAAUGGGCUGAGUUUCCGCGGGUUUUCGCUCCACCCUUGUACUUGGUUGAUGAAUUAAGGUCACUAAUUAGUAAGGAACU